AUAAGUUUUCCAUUGGAAUAUCGCUUGUUAAUAUUUAUCUGUUAUUAUAUAUACACACAUUUUGAGAUAUAGACUCUACAUGAUCUCUUGACCACUCUUUUUUCUUUAUUCAGCCAUUUCUCUCGCCAUUAUCAAGGGACACAAACUCAACACCUUUGUGAAACCCUAAUUGAUACGAUGAGAAUCACACAUAACGUCAAGCUCUUACUCUUCUUUUUCCUCAUCUCUCUCCUCCUCAUCUCCGUAUCUGCUGGCGAGUCUAAGUGCGAGUGUUCACACGAAGAAGACGAAGGAAACAAAGCGGGAGCCAGGAAAUACAAGAUCGCUGCCAUACCUUCCGUUCUCGUCGCCGGAGUUAUCGGCGUUCUCUUUCCGUUGCUAGGAAACUUCUUUCCGUCGUUAAGACCGGAGACGAACUUCUUCUUCGUGACAAAAGCCUUCGCCGCAGGAGUAAUCUUGGCCACGGGGUUUAUGCACGUGCUGCCUGAAGGCUACGAGAAGCUUACGUCACCCUGUCUGAAAGGAGAAGCUUGGGAGUUUCCGUUCACUGGGUUCAUUGCGAUGGUCGCAGCGAUUUUAACCCUCUCCGUUGACUCUUUUGCCACGUCAUAUUUUCAUAGAUUGCAUAAUAAGACGUCUAAGAAGAUCGGUGACGGUGAAGAGCAAAUCGGUGGCGGUGGUGGUGGAGACGUGCUCGGGUUGCACGUGCAUGCUCAUGGUCACGCGCACGGAAUUGUCGGUGUAGAUUCUGGUGAAUCCGAGGUUCAGCUUCACCGUACUCGAGUUGUGGCCCAGGUGUUGGAGGUGGGAAUAAUCGUACACUCAGUGGUAAUAGGAAUAUCACUGGGAGCAUCACAAAGUCCAGACACUGCCAAAGCUCUCUUUGCUGCUUUAAUGUUUCAUCAAUGCUUCGAAGGUCUUGGCCUUGGUGGUUGCAUCGCUCAGGGUCGGCUGAGGAGGGGGACAAGCAGUGCCGACCGCUCCGGAUCUAAACCGUGUCUCCCGUAUAUUAAUAGUCAAGGGAUUUAAUUUUAUAAAAAAAAUUAUAUUUUUAUAUAAAAUAUUAUAAAUAAAAUUGAAAAGAGUCCAAAAAUAUUUGAUAUACAUGUAGAUUUAUUUUCAUCACAAAAUAUAUAAAAUAUUACUGAUUAAAUUUUAAAAAUAGUUUAAAUAUUAUUUCAAUAUAAAUUUUAGAAAGUAAAAGAAAAAUUUUUGUCCGAGGGCCAUAACAAUGUUAAGGCGCGCUGGGUAUAAUAUUCGUUGUUGUUUUUUUGCUGAUUAGCAGUACUCAUUGAACUUAUCGUUGAAUUUUCUCUUAUUUGUGUGUCGUCCGUAUUUGCGGCUUCCUUGACUCUUCUCCGCUUGCAAGAAUUUCAAAAGUGACUAGUGACAGCUUUUUUUCAACUCGUUACACACAUAUUUGACAUAAAUUUUAUGUUUAUGGUUCUUCACACUUUAUACAUAAUUGAAUACGUCAACUAGCUAACGUACAUAUAUAUAUAUCGCAGGGGAAAUUUAAUUGUAUGUCGAUAACAAUAAUGUCGAUAUUUUUUUCUGUAACGACACCAAUCGGAAUAGCAGUUGGAAUGGGAAUAGCAAGCUCUUAUAAUGAGUCGAGCCAGACGGCUCUGAUAGUUCAAGGAGUGCUUAAUGCUGCAUCCGCAGGGAUCCUCAUCUAUAUGUCUCUCGUAGAUUUUCUCGCAGCUGAUUUUAUGCACCCUAAGAUGCAAUCUAACACUGGGCUUCGAAUUAUGGCCCAUAUCUCUCUUCUUAUCGGUGCUGGAAUUAUGUCACUUUUAGCUAAAUGGGCUUAAAAUUAGCAACCAAAAAAAAAACCCAUUACGCUUAUAGUUUAUUGUUUGUUAAUACGAGAUGUUUCCUAAUAAAUAUCGAUUUAGAUUUCUGUACUUCUUUUACCAAAAAAUGCUGUUUUAUAGUGUUAAUGUAUAUUUGUAAACAAAAUUUCAGGUGUAGUCUGUUAGUUAAAAAGAUAAGGUAAUAAAGUGUAUUAAUAAAAUGUAUGAUAACCUUUUGCUUUAAUAGGGAAAACUUCUUAGAAUU